GUUCUUCAUUACUGUUAGCUUCACCGGUGACGGAACACACAACACACGCUAGCCAGCCAUUGGCAUUCUCUGAAAAAUGUCUAAAUUGGAGUUGUUGAGAGUGAUUUUUAACCAACGAUGUACAGGCGCUGCAGAUGAGAUAUUCAGAGCCGUUGCAAAAACGAUAUCAGAGUACCAGGACAACGUUAAUCUAUCGAAAGAGGACAACGGCCGUCUACAGGGGCUGCUUGACGUCAUCCUGAAACCUGAGAUAAAGUUGUAUAGAGCAGAUUUUGAGCAGUUCAUUGUCUCUGAAGUGGAGUUUCCUCCUGAGCAGCAGCAAUUUGAACAAGAGUGGAGCCCCGAUCUGGGGCAAGAUGACUGGAACCCCAUACAGAUUAAAGAGGAACAGGGGGAAUUCAGUAUCAUCCAGGAGGAGGAAGACUCUGUAUUCACUCCUACCUGGGUGAAAAGUGACUAUGAUCAGUACUCAACUCAGUCCUCACAAACCCAAAGUGAAGAGUACAAAGACAGAACAAAACCUAACGGAGUGGAUUAUUCAAAGCCAACCCGUGGCUCUUGGCCCCAGCCCAAAUCGAGGAGGACACCGACAGAAAAUAGAAAAGGCUUUAUCAGCUCCAAGGGUAGAAAAUCAAUGGAUCUGAAAUCACCAGUGCAAAGGAGGCGUCACACAGAAGAGAAAUCAUUUUGCUGUAGUGAUUGUGGUGAAUUUUUCACUCAGAUGGGAAAACUGAAUUCUCAUAGGAUCAUGAUACACUCCAGAGGUAAUCAGUUUCGCUGUGAUGAAUGUGGCAAAUGUUUUGCUCAGUGGGGAUAUCUGAAUUCUCAUAUGAGGAUUCACACAAGGGUGAAUUGUGGAAAAAUAUUCACUCAGUCUGGCCGUUUCGAACCCUCCUUGACCACUUUGAAGGAUCGCAGGGGAGAGAAACUUUAUUGCUGUGGUGAAUGUGGCAAAUAUUUUUCUAACACUGGGUCCCUGAAUUAUCAUAGGAGGUCGCACACAGAGAAGAAAUCGCAUCGUUGCCAUGAUUGUGGCAAAUGUUUUUAUAAAUGUAUGGAUCUGAAUAUUCACAGGAGGAUUCACACAGGGGAGAAACCCUAUCGCUGCCAGUUCUGUGGAAAAUGUUAUAAUCAGCAGACUUCUCUAAGUUAUCACAUGAGGAAUCACACAGAGACAUCUUGUAACUGUCAUUAUUGUGGCAAAUAUAUUCGUCAUAGAGGUAAUCUGACAGCGCAUAUGAGGAUUCACACGAGGAAAAUCAGAUAAUUGUUGCUAUAGUAGCAGAUCUUUAAGCACUGGCAGUCACAUAUGACAGUCAUAUACAUAUGCACAAUGUAUAUAUGUAUAUGAGUGCAUAUGAAGAUAAUCAGAUGAGCAAUAAACUAUUUUGCUGUCAGGAUUGUUGUAAAUGGUUCACUCAUUCCAAUCUGAAUCGUCUGGGGAGACAGAGGGCAGGAACCACAUUAAUACCAGAACUGGCAAAUCUUUCACAACUGACUUUUUUUGACACUGCGUAUGAGACAUUCACACAUUACACGUUUUCUGUAGAAAAUGCUUUAGUGCCAGAAGUGCAUUGAAUAGAAAUCAGAGAACACACAGCGAAGAACAACCUUCAAAGCCUGAAGGUUCACCCGAGGACACACUUGAUUGACCUUUACUCUGGUAGCCCUGAAGCCUGAUCUCUAUUCAAAUCAAAUUGUAUUGGUCACAUACACAUAUUUAGCAGAUGUUCUUGCGAUUGUAGCAAAAUGCUUUUGUUCCUAGCUCCAACCGUGCAGUAGUAUAUAACAACUCAAAACAUGCCAUGGAACAAAGGAAAUGGAUCCUUGAAACAAAGUUGUAUUACUGUUCGUAAUGCUGGUGAGUUACCGCCGCUCUGAUAUCUACAGGUACUUUCAGACUGUAUGUAAUAACACACACACAAAUGCUGGGCUAAUAAUGUAAGAAGUAACACACACAAAAAAAAUUCUGCAAAGUUGCUUAGCUAGAAGCAAAGUUGCCAUGACUGUCGGCACAAUCUAUGCAUAACUAUUAAAGGCCAUAAUCAGGACAUGUUCUGCUUAACCUGUCAUUUUCCAUUCUGUAUUGGCAGUAACUUUCAUUAAGUGUGAAACUAUUUUUCCACUGAGCUCAGAACUUGUGGUUAAUUGUGUAGCCCGUCUCUUCCAGAAACCAAUUUGUGUGCUUCAUUGUUAAAUAUCACCCAUCGUCUAUAAUGAUGCAUGUAUGUCUCAUUCAGAAUUACUGUUCUUGUCACUCAGAAGAAUAAUUAGCCUUUUAGCCAGUUGCCAUUUUAGCAGUUGUAUCUUGAAGAGGUUGCUGACUUUGCAGAGCGAUCUCCCAGUAGGCCUACUGUUUGCGCCAUUAAAUACUUUUUCUGAACUUGA